AUGGCUCCAGAACAAGGGCCAAUGCGGCUUGACGAAUUGCCUACGAUUCCGUCGUCCAUGGAUCCCAUAUUAACUAGUUCAAUGGUUUAUCAAUCCCUGAUUAGUGUUGGAGAGACCGCAGCCCUCCCAGAGCGUACUCGAUCCCUAAAUAUUAACGACAACCACCCUCCUGGGCCGGAUGAGGUUCUAGGUUUAGAUAAUGACAGGACAAGGGUUAUACCAGCCUCUCCCAUCCGCGCAAAUGUGAAACGGAGAAGAUCCGUCGUAUCUGCCCCUGGAGAUAUCCUGGGGCGUCGAUUAUCAAGGAGGAGUAGCCCGACCGCGCUAAGUCAUAGAGAUGAUUUAUACCGUCCUCGUAACGAUGAAGUAUUAAGAGUGCAUCAUAAGGGAAUUCAAACCCCUAAGCGGACAAAUAGUGCAAAUCAUCGAUCUAGAAAGCGAGGAACAUCUUAUCCUGACGGUGCUGAGUCGCGAAAGAGGCAGAGGGUAGACGACGAUGAUACGCCAUUCACCAAGCCGACAAUCAAAAGGACUGGGAGCACUAAGAAGUCCCAGGGAGUGACUAUACCGCAGCUGCCGCUGACUGGGCAAGUGGAAUACAAUGAAAACGGCGGGCAAGUGACAUAUGAGCGAAAGGGUGCAUUUCGACUGAGGACAGAUAAAGGAAAUGAUAAAUUUCGCUCCCUCAAGCCUCGUGGUCAACCAGAACCACCCUGGCGAGCAGGCGAUGGAUUCUCAGGGGAUGAAGCUAGACCGAGCUUCUUGUUCUUUAUGACCGGUACGCACAAGCAAAGAAGACCCGAUUUACUUCCGGGUAUGGGCAAACUCCAACUAGAAAGCGAGGUUGCCAAUAAAGACGACGUGCGUGGAUCAAGACUCAGUGGCUCGAAGGUCCAACAUUCAACACCGACUCAACGUGAGAUAAAAAACCGGCGUGGCAUAGCAAAAGACGUCUGGCCUACCAAGAAAAACUUUGUAGAGGAGUUGGGACCGCGACACCGGAAAUCUACCACUCUAGAAAACCAGGGAGCUAUCUCUCCUAGCAUGCUGACCAAGCCUACUUUCUUAACUCGUCAAAACCAAGAUAUGUUCUCGUAUAAAACUUUGACGCCACGGAAAAGAAAACAUUCGGAUUUCGAGAAUUUUGGACGAUAUUUGAAGGAAAGCAGCGGGCCGCAUUUUAUUGCUAACGUAGGGUAUCGGAGAUCAGAGAUGCAUUAUAUCAAGCAGUCAAAGCCGGGGGACGAAGCAUACGAGCAUGAAGAAGGAUACGAAGCAGAUCAAGAAGUAAUGACUAUACCUUUAACGUAUAAUGAGAGUGAGAUCGACGAGGAUGAAGUGCUUGAAAAAGAUAGCUAUGCAGGUACACCUAAUAGCUCCCGGAGCCGAGAGUCUAGCGCUAUGGAUUCGGCCAUUUUUGUUCUUGGCGGCAUAGAGAAGGAGACCGGGCCGGGAUCUCCGGAACUUGGGGACAGCAGACCGGGUUAAUAGAUGGGCGUCUACAUCUGGCCAUGUUAUACCCUGUAAGCACUUCGAUUUUACUCGAUUCAAA